AUGUUGAGGGUCUCGAAAUCUACCUACACAACUAGUUGCGCCACCUUGUUGCCCAACAUCUUCCGCUGCCAAACCCUUGUGUGCUUAAAACUGAGUAGGAUAAGUAAGGUGGGUAAAAUUUCCUCGGUUGAUCUUCCUUUGCUCAAAAGUCUUCACUUGUUCAAGGUUUGUUUCCAUAAUGAAAAAGAGGAUUACAGGAAGUUUCUCAAUGGUGCACCCAUUCUUGAGGAUUUAUAUGUUGCAGAUACAUCCAGUUCAAGAUCUGUCCAUGUUGUAGGGACCAAAACCUCCAACUUGGUGAAAGCACAUUUACGUCCAUGCAUACCUAAUCCUCAGUACUUCAGGCGCUUCAAGGAAUAUUUCUCCUCUCCCAAGUUUCCGAACUUAAUCCACCUUGAAUUUGUAUUUAAUUGUAUUCCCUUUUCUGGAUGGCCUACCGUACUAGGAAUGCUUUAUCAUUGUCCAAGGCUUCAAAAUCUUGUCAUCAAGAAGCGCUCUUUGGAGAAACAUAGCUAUAUUGAGACAGAGGAAUAUUCAAUUGUUCCUGUUCCGGAAUGUGUUUCAUCACAUCUCAGAACAUGUUUUAUUGGUUCUAUUUUAAACAUUGAAGAUGAUUUCCGGUAUUGGCCAUGA